CCAUCCAAUAGGAGCAGGGAUGCUGUAGCAGGGGCUGGUGUCCCUCUGCUGAGGUGAUCUGGCGCAGAGCUGAGGGGGUGCUUGGCUCUGCUCUGGCUCCUCCUUUCUCCUUGCGGCCUGAGGUUGGCCCUGCUCUUGCGGCCUCCUGCAGAAUGUGGAUGACGCCCAAAAGGAGCAAGAUGGAAGUCGACGAGGCUGGAGUUUUCCGGCCUGAGUGGACCGAGCGUUACUUGAUGGUGAAGCCUCCGGAGGGCGACGGGGCCCUGUGCCUGGUCUGUAACCGCCUCAUCGUAGCUACCCGCGAACGCGACGUCAGGCGCCACUACGAGGCUGAGCACGAAUACUACGAGCGGUAUGUGGCGGAGGGCGAGCGCGCGGCCCUGGUGGAACGUCUGCGUCAGGGCGACGUGCCCGUGCCCUCUCUCACUCCCGAGGAGAGAGCUGCUCGCGCAGGUCUCGGGCUCUGCCGCCUCUUGGCCUUGAAGGGUCGCGGCUGGGGUGAGGGGAACUUUGUAUACCAGUGCUUGGAGGCACUGCUAAGAGAGGUACUGCCCGAGCAUGUAGGCGUCCUGCAAGGCAUUGAUUUAUCUCCAGCGGUCACGAGACGGAGGAUCCUGAGCAUUGACAGGAAUCUACGCAAUCAGCUUUUUACCCGAGCCAGGGACUUUAAAGCCUAUUCUCUUGCCUUGGACGACCAAGCUUUUGUGGCGUAUGAGAACUACCUCUUGGUCUUCAUCCGCGGUGUGAGCCCUGAGUUGGAGGUGCAAGAAGAUCUUCUGACCAUGAUCAACCUGACUCAUCACUUCAGUGUUGGUGCGCUCAUGUCGGCAAUCUUAGACGCCCUGCAAACAGCAGGGCUUAGCUUGCAGCGAAUGGUUGGACUAACCACGACCCACACUUUGAGGAUGAUUGGUGAGAACUCAGGACUGGUCUCAUACAUGAGAGAAAAGGCUGUAAGUCCCAACAGUUGGAAUGUUAUCCAUUAUUCAGGAUUUCUUCAUUUGGAACUGUUGAGCUCCUACGAUGUAGAUAUUAAUCAGAUCAUAAAUACCAUAUCCGAAUGGAUAGUUUUGAUUAAGACCAGAGGCGUUAGGCGACCCGAAUUUCAGGCUUUACUAGCUGAGUCUGAAGCAGAGCAUAGCAACAGGAUUAAUGGACGAUGUCUGAACAAUUGGCUUAGAAGAGGGAGAACUUUAAAAAGAAUAUUUUCUCUAAGAAAACAAUUGGAAGCGUUCUUGGUUUCAGUAGGGGCAACAACAGUCCAUUUCUCAGACAAGCAGUGGCUUUGUGACUUUGGCUUCUUGGUGGAUAUUAUGGACCACCUUCGAGGGCUCAGCAAACAAUUGCGAAUUAGUAAAGUUUUUGCUGCUGCCGCCUUUGACCAUAUUUGUACUUUUGAAGUUAAGCUGAAUUCUUUUCAGAGACAUAUUGAGGAAAAAAAUCUAGCAGACUUUCCUGCCCUCGGAGAAGUUGUUGAUGAGCUUAAACAGCAAAAUGAGGAAGAUCAAAAAAUAUUUGAUCCUGAUAGGUAUCAAAUGGUGAUCUGUCGUCUGCAAAAAGAAUUUGAGAGACAUUUUAAGGACCUCAGGUUCAUUAAAAAGGACUUAGAACUUUUUGCAAAUCCAUUUAACUUUAAACCUGAAUAUGCACCGAUUUCAGUAAGGGUAGAGCUAACAAAACUUCAGGCAAACACUAAUCUUUGGAAUGAAUACAGAGUUAAAGACUUGGGGCAGUUCUAUGCUGGGCUGUCUGCCGAAUCUUACCCAAUUAUCAAAGGGGUUGCCUGUAAGGUGGCAUCCUUGUUUGAUAGCAACCAAAUCUGCGAAAAGGCUUUUUCGUAUUUGACUCGAAACCAACACACUUUGAGCCAGCCAUGGACAGAUGAGCAUCUUCAAGCCCUGUUUCGGGUUGCCACAACUGAAAUGGAGCCUGGUUGGGAUGAUCUUGUGAGAGAAAGAAAUUAAUCUAAUCCAUAAGCCUUUGUAGUGCAAUAUUGAAAAACUCAAUAGGAAUUCAGUUCUAAAAGCAAAAAUUGGUUUGAUUUUUCAACUUUACUAAUUUGGAUUGUGAGAAAGCAAGUUUAUUACCAGCUGUCCAAAUUGAUCACAAUUCAAAUCCUUCUGACAGUUGCCUUUUUUUUUCAUCUCAAAUGGCAGCAUGGGAGUGAAACAUGAGAAUGCCACCUUUUGAAUUUAGUUUAAUGACAAAGUCAUUGUCUUUUACUUUUAUGAUAUAAUUGAUUUUAAAGAGGUUUUAGUAUUGGUAAUGUCAG